AGUAACUAAUCUUAUAAAAAACAAGGUGACAGCUGUCAGAUUGUACAUUGACUGCUGCGGUGAGCUAGUUAUCGUGGACCCCGUGUGUACUGUAACAUUAAGGCACAAGCCAUGUACGCCUGCGCUAAGUUUGUCACCUCACCUGCUGUGCUGCGUGGGGGGUCCAGAGUCCUCGCCCGGCCAGUCUCGGUCUCAGUCUUCAACAGACCUGAAGUCAGAAGUGAGCAGCAGGCCCUGUUGCCUGUCGGUGAGGCCUCUCUUCUGACCCGUGGGUUCCAGACCAGCGCCGUCUCCAGGGACAUCGACACUGCCGCCAAGUUCAUCGGCGCUGGAGCCGCCACAGUGGGAGUGGCCGGAUCAGGGGCUGGAAUUGGAACAGUGUUCGGCAGCUUGAUCAUCGGUUAUGCCAGGAACCCCUCCCUGAAGCAGCAGCUCUUCUCCUAUGCCAUCCUGGGCUUUGCCCUGUCCGAGGCCAUGGGGCUCUUCUGUCUCAUGGUGGCGUUCCUCAUCCUGUUUGCUAUGUAAUUUAGUCACACCCUGUUCCCGUCCCUGUCACCUCCCUUCUCCCAGGGAAUCGGAACUCUUGAUGUGAAGCUCACGAGGCCAUGGCACCGCCAUUCCAAUCAAAAUCUACGACUACAAAGCCUGCCUUUUUAUGUUCCCCUUUUUUCCAGAAGUUUUACAUAUGAGCUCACUUUGGUUUAGACUGUGUCUGAAUAAAUGGUUGGGAUAACUAUAAA